UACAUUCACUCACUCUCACCAGAAACUCAUCAACAACUAAUCAAACACGUUUACUUGUAUCUCUGAACACACAAAACAUAAAAACACAAACACUUUUAAGCUCCUUACCUACAUCGUCCCUUCCCCCCCUAUAAACCUAAAACCCUAAUAUUCUCUCUGCUAUAAACCAGACGAUAGGAUGGCCAGUCAAGAUUCCCUGAAAAGAAGGUUUCAAGACAGCACUAAUACACCGAAAACUCUUACAGUUACAGACAAUACCAAGACAACAACAAGCACUGUGACUCCCUUCAUGUCCAAAACCAGGAAACCCUCUAAUUCCGGCGGAAGAUUCCGGGGGUUUGGUUUCGGUGAAGACGACGACGAUCUCGUGUCGAAGGUGGUUCCUCCGGUGACGGUGGUGCUCGAGGGCCGUUCGAUCUGCCAACGCAUCAGCCUCGACAAGCACGGAAGCUACCAGAGCCUCGCUAGGGCUCUGAGGCAGAUGUUCGUGGACGGUGGAGAUUCGUCCAAACCGGACGAUCUCGAUCUUUCCAACGCCGUUCCCGGCCAUCUCAUCGCUUACGAGGACAUGGAGAACGAUCUUCUUCUCGCCGGUGAUCUUUGUUGGAAGGAUUUCGUUCGUGUGGCGAAGAGAAUUCGGAUAUUGCCGGUGAAGGGGAGGACGAGAGGGAACGAGUAAUAUAUAUAUAUAUAUAUGGAAUGCCAUUUUCUCUAUGAUGUCGGUUCACUUCAUGUUCCAAGGACAUGUGUUUGUGUCUUCGUGGAUUUACCAUGCAUGCAUCGGUCAAGUGAUGAUCGUUU